GUCGGCGGUGUGUGUGGAGGCGUCGCGACGCCGGCGCACUCCACACGAUCGAUUAUUCCACGUUUCGUUGGCCAUGUACACGGCCGCUGGUGGUAAGAAGAGGCUAGUUGAACAGAGACGAAGAGCUCAGGUGGAGGAAACGUGUACGAUCGACGAGAACAGAAUGAGAGGGUGAAGAAGUGGUAGUUGGUGGAAAAGGGAGAGCCGAAGAUAUCGGUGCGCGUGUGUCUUUUUAGCGACAACGCGUACGAUACGGAACGUGUGCAGGAUCUUCGAAAAAGAGCUUGACAGAUCUCGGGGAAGGUUUGUUCGAGCGGAAAAAACUGCCGGGUACAUUCGGCCCGGUGUCUCCCUCGGUUAAAAAUAUUCCCGCACCACGGUGCAGGAUGACGUCGUUGCGGAUUUAGAAGAGACAAACGUAACCUUCUUCCCGCAAGCUGGACGAGCCGGGAUCGAUCCUAAUACAGUCUUCUUUAACAGCCGGCUCGCACUGGCCACGAAGACAUGGAUUAUCGGUCUGCUGGCACCAGGUGCGAGGAUGAUAUCCUGGAGAACGAGAAAGGAACCGGGGCUGCGGGUGAACACAAGGGCGCAUCGAAGCGUGGCGGUUCCCAUACCCGCGGCACGGCAAUGUCGUUUGGUUUUCGACGAAGACCAACCUCCGGGAUACCGGUACCGAAGACGAGUAUGCCUAUCGAGCUGAGUUUACUGCAUCCACGAUCGAAGUCAGCGGGUCCCGAGCAAAACCGUAGGCGUGACGAUGAUACCAACAUCAUCCACAACUCGUCGUCAGGUCGAUCAACGCCUAGACUCGCGCCUCCCAAGAAGGAAGCUAGCGGCAUCGCCGUCAGGACGAACCGAUUUGGUUACCGUCAGCCGCAAACCAAAUUCACUAAUAAAGUCGGCGACAUCCGCAGCAGCCACAGCGUGAGUCAUUACAACCACGAGAAGAUGCAGCAGCAACAACAACAGCAGCCAGAAGGUUUCGUCAAACAACCGCACAGGGUGGUUCAAGUGACCAACGUGCCACCACCCUCCAAGACCAAACCGUCUACCGUACAACACCCGACUUCGUAUAACCCUAAUCCCACUCAUACGGACGUGAAUCGUAGAACAUCCAACAUUCCAGAGCCAAUCGGCAGGUACACUCUGCACACCAGUCAUCUGCCUCUGCCUCAGUACGCCGUAAGGAUGACCGACACGAAUUCGAAGGUCGCGAAGACCGCUGCUAAUCAGAGCAGGAAGGUCUCCGCAACGUCUAAAAGUUCGACGAGUUCCAAGGAGGGUUCCGGUACGGAAGAUUCGGGCGUUGGAAGUCAGCAAGGUUGCCCCGGCGAGAGCGAUUUGAGGGGUGUAGAUUACACGGACGGCUCGUUGACGAGAAGGCGAGGCAUAGGUAGACCCAGGAAUUUGCGGAUGGUUGUGAAUGGGAAAAGUUUCGACGUGAGAGACGUUAGGGACGACGACAGCACCGUCACCGAAAUAUCGGUUAUCCCGCUGCCGAAAACUUUCACCGCAGCCAGCACUGGGCUGGUGCGGGAAAGGGCGACACAGUAUCAGAGAAUCGUUAAUAAGGACAAUAGGUACACCGAGUCGACGACGUCCAUGUCCACCACGUCCUCGGAAGGGUACGACGAGGGUCUAGGCGAGGAGAAGGUUUACAAAGACAGAUCACAUUCCGAGAAGAUUCCUUCUAUCAAGUCGGACUUCAGUCCCCCAAGUUCGGACGAUCCUGAAUACGGUCAUGGAGAAGCCAUGGCUGACGAGUACUCGUUGAGCUCCAGCGACGAGUGUCAAAGAUCCACCUCGACGCAACACGCGCAGAUUAACGCGAACACGGCCAAAAAUGGAACUGUUCCGAAGCAAGCUUUGCGUUCUGUUCUUCUAACCAUCGAAGAUCCUGCGUUCGCAGCUGCUGCGGCUACCUCGACCACCUUGAUCGACGAUGAAACCUCGCCAGUCGAUAGUCUCUUCGACAGCCUUACAGCCAGCAUCACCCAGUCAGAUGUCAAAGCUCCGAAGAAAGAGUUCGCCAUGGAGCAAUCUGGGAAUACGAUUGACGACGAGAGCCCUGGAACACCCACCAACGUUUCGAAUUCGUUAAGUUUGUCGGAGGGAAGAGAAUACUUCGAUGACGAGAUCGCUGAUCAACCUGGACUUGUCUUUGACGAUAAUUCUAGAGCCGGAGCUGAAACACACUCUAUUAUGGCUAGCCAAGCUGUCACGGAAAAUAGUCACACACUAGUCGAGUCCAGUCCUAAAACAGGUACAGGACAUGGAAAAAACGCAACAAACAGCCCUCAUCAUGGCAAACGAAUAAGCCGAGCUGGAAGCGUUGACACGUUAUCUCCUUGUGAAUCUAUUGCUUCUGAUGAUUUGAUAUUGGAUUAUGAACAAAGCGAUGCGAGUUCCUACGAGGAACAACAACAUCAGGUAGAGUCAAAUACCGCGUUGCAAGAUAUGGAUGAUGCUACUAUCCUCUCUGAAUUGGAAGCUCAAGGUGAAGAAGUGAUGAGACAAUGGACCUCUUUAUUGGGCACGUGUCAAAUGCUACAGCAGACUAAUAAUUCAAAUACAGUUAAUAACAAUGUAAAUGGUGGAUCAACCAAUAACAAUGAUCAGUCAGCCAACGAAAUAGGAAACGAAUGUGAUAAGACAACAAGGGUAUGGCGAAACAGAUCCGUAACUGAUUCACCACGUUCCGUAGACAGCUCGCGAAAUCGUCAAUUUUCCAGUCCUUUAAGAACAUCGAGAAAUGUCCAAUCACCGAGUCUCGAUUCUGGGGAUGAAGGAAGUCUCCGUGUUGAUCGUAACACGUAUCAACACAUGUUUCAAGACAUUGUUUCCAUCAAAACAAUGCUUUUGAAACUGAAACGGGUACUUCAGGAGUCAGAAGAGAACGGCUUGACGAGGACAGAAACUCUCAACCCAUUCGAUAAUUCAAUGAAGAAUGGUCUCUUCUAUAACCUGAACGAAGGGAACACAGCCGAUGUUAGUACAUCUCCUGGAAGUGGAGGUAACAGUAUCGCGGACGAAUUGGCUGAUUUACGUAGACAGGUUGUCUUUUUACAAGGCCAAGUGGAAGACAGGGAUCGAACAAUACAAGUAUUACAGUUCCAAAUAUCGAAACUUCAAGGACCUAAUGGCGUCGAUGGCCAAACAUGUGCUUUAGCAAGUAAUCACAAUAAUGUUACCCCAGACACUUGCAACGCUGCUACACAAACAGAAAAGGUACGUCCAGUGUCAGCAGGGCCUUCAAUCAUGCAGCAACCCUCACAGGAUGAUGUUGUGUGGCCUCUAAUGAAAUGGAGUGAUUCCUGGGAUCAACGCCGUCCUACAUUACUUGGAGAACAGCUUACCAGUAACAGAAGCCCUCGUAAGUCGACCGAUCGUAUACCACGUACAAUAAAAUCUCGUCAAGAAGAAACCUCGCAUCGUCAGAACGGGCAUAUUGAUAAGUUGCCGACAGAUAGUUCUUCUAACGGAAAACUUCUGAAGUUAAAGGAGUCAAAAUCUGUUGAAUCGAACAGUACGGAACAGCACGAGAUAAAAACAGAGGGAAGUCCUACAAAAUCAUGUAUUCCGACAACUAGAAAGCUUGCAACACCAGUUCUCAUAACACGAUCAUCGAGGGCCGUAACUUCAACAGGCCGAUCGCACAAAACGUAAUCAUCUUGCGUACCUAAGUUCAAUUUUUUUUUAAUUCGACUGUAGAUCGUUUUUUCGAUGAAAAGUAUGCACAGGUAAUUCGUUUCAUAUGCUGCAAUUAAGCUAUGAAAUGCCAUUCUAACCUAUUCGAAUAAUUAGAAAUUUUGUAGAAAUUUUUUUGCAAACAUUUUAAUUGGUAACACAUAUUAAAAACAUUUGGUAGACGUAAAUUGAGAAAACAAUGUACAAAUCAUGUGUUAAGUGUUAAGGACAAUUUAUAAGUUCCUAUUUUUUAAGAUUUAUAUUUCAUUUGAUUUUCGCAUUUCAUCUAUAAAUGAAAUCAUCAUUUUGAAUCAUCAUUAUGAAUUUACAUCAUCAUGUAUGAAAUGACAUCAUUUUGUCAUGCUCAAAUUGGGUCACUGAGAUUUUUUGUGUAAUAGACUGGAAGAGUUGUAUAAAUUCAUUUGCAGUUGUAAAGUAUUCAUUAAGUUCUUGUAACUGAUCAUAUUUCAAUUUGUAUAUUCGUUAUGAAUGCAUUGGGAAUACAUUGAAUAAUGUUUGUGAUAUUGUAAAGAAUAUCCUCUUAUCUUGUUUUCUAUAAACUUUAUCACUUUCCUUUUUAUAUCAUCAAUUAUAUACAUUUGUCACGAAUUGAUAAAAUAAUUACAUUUUAUGUAUUCAUUGUUUAUUGAAGUUCAAUUUUUUUUAUUUGGAAAGUUAUCUAAGUUUAAAAUCUUCUUUGCUAUUCCAUUCGGUUCUUUGCCAUAUGAAUUUAAAACUAAAGUAUAUUCAAAUAUAUCAAGUACAUAAAUACCAUACUCUAUAAUCUAUCAUAUAUGCUAUGCUUGCAAUUAUACACUAUGUGUACAUUGUAUAUAGUGCACAAUGCAGUAUAAUACACUUUAUUACAUGUAUUUUACAUAGUGUAUAUUAUGCUAUUACAAUAUAUAUAAUUAUGUUGGAAAUAAUGGCUAAAUGAACACUUAGUAGCAUGAAUAAAGGUAUACUUCAUUUACUACAUGUGUUACAAUAGGCAAAUGCAUUACCAAAAAU